AUUCCUAUGGGUCCUGACUCUGGUUGCGCGGCAGUCGCGUGGGAUCAGAGAGUCUCAGGUUCAGAUCCCAAUUCUCCUGGCCAGAUUACUUCACGUCUGUGAGCCUCAGCUUUUUCAUCUGUAGGCAUUCAAGCAACAAGAGCUGCUAUUGUGGGUCAAACCAACCAAAGCACUUCCACCCCACCCUACUCCUCAUGUGGCCUGCCUCAGAAUCAGGCAGGAGCUGAAGAGUGUACCUAGUCACCAGGUCCCUUGCGUGCUAUCUCCAGUCUUCAGGCCACAGGGGAAAACCAUGGAGACUUCAGGACCUUCUUCCCAGACUCAAGAUCACAGUCGAGUCCCUGGAGAAACAGAAGAUCUGGACUAUGGAGAGACGGAUCUCCACAAGCAAGACAGGGAAGCUGGAUUCUUUCCUCAAGAACAACCCAAGAGAGACAAGUGUUUUUCCUCCUCCUCCUCCUCUUCAUCUUCCUCCUCCUCUUCCUCUUCGUCAUCUUCCUCUUCUUCAGGGAGCAGUGAUGAGGACCAGCACCCCAGAGUAACCGGAAAACAUCGGCAGAGCCAGGGGGCUGGACACCCCCCCAGGGACAGCUCACCUGGUGCUGUGCAUGAGGAGCCUGACCUUUUGAAGGACGAGCUUCAGCUCUAUGGAGGUGUCCCCGGAGAGGUGGUGCCCUCUGGAGAAUCAGGACUCCGAAGGAGAGGCUCUGACCCAGCAAGUGGAGAAGUGGAAGCCUCUCAGUUAAGAAGACUGAAUAUAAAGAAAGAUGAUGAGUUUUUCCAUUUUGUCCUGCUCUGCUUUGCCAUUGGGACCUUGCUGGUGUGUUAUCACUAUUAUGCAGACUGGUUCAUGUCCCUUGGGGUCGGCCUACUCACCUUCGCCUCCCUGGAGACCGUUGGCAUCUACUUUGGGCUGGUGUACCGGAUCCACAGCGUCCUACACGGCUUCAUCCCCCUCCUUCAGAAGCUUAGGCUGAUGGGGUUCAGGAAGACCGACUGAGGCCGAGGCAGGGCCGACAGCCAGGCUGAGCCCCACCAUGAUGGCCACUGCAUCUCCCGAGUGCACAAGGACAGACCCACGUUCUGGGAGACACGCGGGUGGGCUAGGCUAGAGCAAUAAAGAGAGCUCUUUUCCUUCCA